UAUUGCCUCUACUUUUAUUUUCAUUUUGCUACAUCUUCUAAGUACAAAGACAAUUUUUCAGCUUUUCAGUUGCGUGCAUUAUCAUUAUCACGUGUCUCAAACGGUGAAGGAAAACAUCGUGAGGAAACCUGCAUACCAGAGAAUUUUCUUAAUUCUCUGCGUGUGUGAAGUCUGCCAAUCCGCACUGGGCCAGCGUGGUGGACUAUUGGCUUAACCUCUCUCAUUCUGAGAGGAGACUCGAGCUCAGCAGUGAGCCGAAUAUGGGUUGAUAACGACGACGACAAAGACAAUUCUUUUUUUUAUAUAUUUCCUUGUACGAGAAAUGUUUAGUUAAUAUUUAGUUUAAUGUCAAACCUCGAAACACACUUUUUAGGUAAUAUUUAUUAAACUUUAGAUCCUUUACAAGUAACAACAAAUACAAAUACAUGAGUUGAAUUCACUAAUAGUGGAGUAGAAUCAGGUUUAUACCUCGGAAAUUAGUUAUAAUGAAUGCAUUUCAAUGUUUUUUUUUUAUUUAUUUCUAACGCUAUACUAGAAAGUUUGCCUAUUAAACAUUCUAUAGGUGUAAAAAUAUAUUUUUUUUAGUCUUUACCACUUUGUAGCAGUGUUUGAUACUCAUAUAAAUAUAGAAUCUCAAAACUUAAUCGCUGACGAACAGACGGAUAUGCUAAAACUGUAAGGAACUUUACGGAACUCUAAAUACAAGAUAGGAGUAUGUUUGAAGGAAGUACUUGUAGGUAGUCUUAGGGCUUUGUACAAUUGUUAAACUAAACCUUUUGUACUUCAUUCCCACCCUGUGCGACUUCAGAUGUUUUUGUUACCGUAGAGAUAUUACGUCACUCAUCUAUUAUAUCUAUUACUUUAUACAGGUUGCUCCAAAAAAUAUGUUUAAUUAAAAAAAAAUCCAUCGGACUAUGAGAGUGAGGGAAUUCCCUCACUGUCAUAGUCCGAUCCGAUGUGCUUGCGUACACACACACACACUUGUGCACUAUAACUUGCGUACACACUUAUGCACUAUAACUUGCGUACGCACUUAUGCGUAGGUGCAUGAUUAAUCUCAACAUGAGAUUGGCCGCGGUCGAAAAAAAUAAAUUCGGUCGAGAGCAUAUUACAUUCAAGAAAGGCAGUCUUAUAAAUUCGAAUCACGUUUUAUGUAUGACAGUCAGCGUUGUUUACAAACGGACCGACUUGCAAUUCAAUAGGUUGUUUUAUAAAGAACUGUCAUCGAUCACUCAGCGCAAGGCUCCUUCACCAUUGCUGUCGCAUACACAUUGCAUUAGUCUCUUUUUUUUUUGAUUUUCAUGUUAAGAUAACCGGAUUGGAUAAUUCUGAAGGUUAAGGUAAGUGAUUAAUAGUGAUAAUUACGUAUGAUAAUGGCAAUGGGAUGUAUGAAAAUAAUGGCAGAUCCACAUAUUGUGAUGUGGAAGGAUGAAUCAUGAACCAGAGGAAUGUUGGAAGUGCAAAAAGACACAUGAGGAGACAGAGUCACAAGUCGCGAAGCUGAAUUGGCAAUGGGCAGGCCACAUAGUUUGAAGAGCCGAUGGACGCUGGGGUCCCAAAGUUCUGGAAUGGCGACUCCGCACCGGAAAUCGCAGUGUUAGUCAACCCCCCACUAGAUGAACCGAGGAUAUCAAGCGGGUUGCAGGAAACCGCUGGAUGCUGGCGGCUCAAACAAACGUACAAACUUACAAACAAAGUUUUCCUCUUUAUAAUAUUAGUAUAGAGACAGUGUUGUGCUUGGAGGUCCAUGCAAGAUGCGUAUGUCCAGAAGUGGACGUCCAUGGGCUGAUAAUGAUAAUUAUAAUGAGAAGAGGAAGGCCAAAGAAGAGAUUGUUGGAGUGUGUGAAAGUGGAUAUGUGUGUUAUGGGAUUAUUUGUCAUCAUCAACUGAUAUUGAUGAAUGAUAGAAGCGAACGAAAUAGAGGGAUUAUUAUUUUGCAAAUUAAAUGGUGUCUAGCUAAAUAAUAAUAAAUAAUUCGGUCGGCAUUUUAUUUCUAUUCUAUUCUAGAAGUUAUUUAUAUAAGAAGAAACUACCGCCUGACAUGAUUGCACCAUGACUACGUUACGAAACGCUGUUGCUAUAAUUUUACUGGCAGUUAGUGGUAAUGUCGCGACGGAACGAUGCGAGAAGACCAAGAUAGGGGGAGAAUAUUAUAAGAGGCAACUGAUAGCGACGAUAGAUGGCUACCCCACAGGCAUCGUGAUUGACUCAAAAACGGAUAACAUAUUUUUCAUGCUGCAUAAGAGGAAUUACACCAAAGGUAUUUACCUUCUGAAACACGGAGCACUAGGCAUCAAAGAGCUACCAAUAUCCGACGAGAUAAUCGGCCAAUGCGUCGCUAUAGAUGCAGCAAGCAAUACAAUCUACGUCGGCACCAAUCAGGGGCUUAUGACCUACGACUAUUCAACAACAGGAAUAAGCGCAGAGCGGCCAAUAGGAGACGAUGAUAUCCGCAGUAUAUUUAUAGACAAAACAGACAACCAAAUGUACAUAAUAACAGGCGGUAAUCAUGAAAUAUUCAAGUUUGUGAACAAUUCUGCAGCUGUGAAGCGAUAUGAGAAAAUUCCUAAAGCAUACAGCUUUAUUUUGGACAGAAAAGGCAACGCGUUUUAUGAGUACGUCGAUGGGAGAUUGUAUUUCUUCUCUACAGACUUCUACGAACCUGUUCAAUAUAAAGGAUUCACAAGAGAGCUGAAAUUUAUACUAAGAUUAAACCAUCGCGAUGAAGCUGUAGUGGCAGUAAAGGGAUCUCUUUUUAGGUUAUCUACAAAGAGUAUCUUGCCUGUUAAAAUAGGACAAUUGGCUUUUAAAAUAACUGGCAUGGCUUUUGAUAAAAACAACGUAAUAAUAGGCACUAAAGGGAAGAUUUACAGAUUUAAGCCUAUAGAUUCGAAUGAUCCCUGCCCACCCGAUGACUAUUUUAUGACUAGUAUUUAAGUAAUGACGAAAUUUAAUUUUAAUUUGUAUAGUUUGGUGAAUAAAAUGUGUUGGAUUAAAUAAAUUAUUUUUAUGGGUUAUGUAUUUUUUUUUUGGUUUCGGUUUACAUUUACAAUAAUUAAAAAAAAUUAAGCGUUGAAUAUUGUGACUAGCGCCAUCUCUGGAGACAUAUAAAAAAUCGAAUAAAUUGCUCAGUUAUUCAUUGAUCAAUAAAUAAAAAGAAAUUACGUAUACAUAAAACAUUGUAAAUUAAGGUAAAAAUUAUAAAAAGAUUUGGGCUCGUCCGGGAUUUGAACCCGGGACCUCUCGCACCCUAAGCGAAAAUCAUACCCCUAGACCAACGAGCCGAUGUGUGAAUUGACGAAAUUAAUGUAAACUUUCUACGCAUACUAGAAUAAUAAAUUAAAAAUUUUUUUAGGUUAAAAACGCAUAAUAUUGCAAUAUUAGUAAACACUCACGCAUACAACUAUAUAUUUCACUUUUAAUAUUAAAUACUACAAUUUACAAUUUUCCCGCGUUGAAUUUCAAUCGCAAUUCAACGCGGGAAUGCUGCCUGCGUGAUGGGCACCCUACCAAGGGCGGCAAAUUUUGAUAAAUAUUUUUAGGUAUUAGUUUUAAUUUUAAUUUAUUUUAAUUUUGUAGUUGUAGUUGUAUUGAUAUUUCCUCAUAUUUUAUUUUUAUAAUAAGUUUAGCCUAUUUAUGUACCUACUUGAUUAAUAUUACAAGUAGAUAUACUAAUAUACACAGCUAAAAAUUACGAAAAACCUCCGAAGGUCAUAAAAUUAACUAGAAUAACGACUUUUAUCCCAGAAGUUAUGACCAUCAUAAUAGAAAAGUUUAAAUGUUGCUUAUAUGUGAGUCGGAUCAAUACUGGCUUUACCAUUUUAAACUCCAUAAUAAUUAAAUUGUCUCUAUUAUUAGUAAGAUUUAGUUUAAUGUUAAUGUUUUUUUCUUAAUAUUUAUUCUUUUUGUUUUGUAUAAUCUACCUACCCAGUAAAU